CCUCAUCUCAUCUCCACCAAGCACCACUGCUCCACAGUCCACUUCACUCCGCAACAGCAGCCGCAGCAGAGGAAGAGAGGAAGCCGGAGCAGCAGCUGCAAUGGAGGCGCGGGCUCUCCUUGCGAGCUUCGUGCUCACCGCGCUGGUCGCGCAGGCCUUCGUCGGCGUGGUCGAGUCCAGGACCAGCCCCAUGGAGGAGAAGGCGAGCCAAGGUGACGACGUGAAGAAGCCGGACUGCGUGCCGGGAGUGGACCCGCACAUGUUCCCCGGGGUUGGCGGGCACGGCGGUGGCAUCACGCCCGUUCCGUCGCACGGCGGUGGCAUCACGCCGGUGCCUUCGCACGGCGGCUCCAGCGGCACGUCGCCGUCCCACGGGGGCUCCAGCGGGCCGGCGCUGCCUUCCCCGUCGCACGGCGGCGCCGGGUCGUCGCCGUCCACCGGCGGAGGGUACGGUGGUUCCCCGUCCCACGGCGGCUCCGGGUCGUCGCCGUCCACUGGCGGUGGCGGAGCGUACGGUAGUUCCCCGUCGACCCCAGGCGGCGCCUACGGGAGCGGCGGGUCCGCGUCGCCGUCCCAAGGAGGAGGCGCAUACGGGGGCAGCUCACCAACCCCGGCGUACGGCGACUCCCCGUCGCACGGCGGCAUCGGGACCUCCUCCCCGACGCCGUUCGUCGCCGUCGACCCCCACAGCCUCGGCUCCCUCCCCGGGUCAUGCGACUACUGGAGGUCCCACCCCAUGGAGAUCUGGUCGGCGAUCGGCGGGCGGUUCCCGAGCUCGAUGAGGCACCUGUUCGGCUCGGCGGCGGGCGGUGUGGGCGGCGCCGACGUGAGCAUCCAGGACGCGCUGGCCAACACCCGGUCCGACGGCGCGGGCGCGCUGCUGCGCGAGGGCGCCGCGGCGCUGCUCAACUCCAUGACCCGCGCGGGGUUCCUCUACACCACGGAGCAGGUCCGCGACGCGUUCGCGGCCGCGGCGGCCGGCGGGUCCGACGGCGCCGCCGCGGCGCAGGCGGCGGCCUUCAAGAAGGCCAACGAGGGCAAGGCGUAGAGGAGGCGACGGGGUCAGAUGGUGAUCGAUUGUGUUCAGCCGUGGUGAAAGUACCAGCUCGUGGAGUGCAUGUUUAUUUGUUGGGUGCGUGUAUGUUGGUUUGACGUGGUGACGUCCGUUGGUUUGUGUCCGGGGUGAGCACCGGCGGCCUGUGUGGUGUGCAAGUGCAAUCGCUCGUGUUAUUUUGCUGUUUUUUCGUGUGGAUCUCUCGUCUCUCGGUGGAUGGAUGAGCGGAGCUAGCAAUGCAAACUACUAGUGUUCUAGUUGGAUUCCGAAUUCUGAUCUUGCUGUAUUCCUGAUGAUGCAGUUUUCGGAUCUUUUUUCGUGCCA